AUGGAAAUCGUGCUAUCCCGAGUAAACUUCAGCUUGGAUAAUGUGACGCUUGCCACCACGUACCGGCAAGGCUUAAUCGAGCAGUUUACCAACAACCGCAAAGUGGACGAACCGGCCUUCCACCUGCUGAUUGUGAUGUACAGCAUACUUAUCGUGUUUGGUGCCACCGGCAACAGUCUGGUGGUGAUGGCAGUCGUUCGAAAACCUCAAAUGCGAACCGCGCGGAAUAUGUUCAUAGUCAAUCUGGCGAUUUCUGAUUUGCUGCUCUGCUUGGUAACGAUGCCACUGACGCUGGUGGAAAUCCUAACGAAAUACUGGCCAAUGGGUCCACUGCCAUUUCUGUGCAAAUCGAUUGGAACCCUGCAGGCCACCAGUAUUUUCGUGUCGACUAUCUCCAUCACGGCAAUUGCGUUGGAUCGGUACCAGGUAAUCGUGUAUCCGACGCGGGACAGCCUGCAGGUGAUGGGUGCCAUUGUGAUACUGACCGGCAUUUGGAUCAUCUCGCUGAUCCUGGCAUCUCCUAUGUUCAUCAUCCGACAGCUGAUACACUACGAUGUGCAUCUGCUAAGCCUGGGGAUUGACUACAUUUCGUACUGUGUUGAAGAAUGGCCGAUAGCCCACGGUAGGGUGUAUUAUUCGGUUUUCACACUUUGCGUCCAGUACCUGCUGCCUAUAUUAACGGUCUCGGUGGCGUACCUACGGAUAUACUUUAAGUUGAAACAUCGAUUGGUGGUAACAACUACCAGCAUAGCUAGUAGUGCAAUUUCGAAAGACGGCAAACCGGUGCGAGAGCGAGAGCGUGGUCGACGAAUGCAGCGUACAAACUAUCUACUGAUAAGCAUAGCCUUAAUUUUUGGAAUCUCAUGGCUUCCACUGAACCUAUUCAACCUGAUUGCCGACCUGUACUUGGAUGGUAUCACACAAGAGAUCAUGGUCGGGUACGCCAUUUGUCAUAUGAUGGGCAUGAGCUCGGCUUGCUCCAACCCACUACUAUACGGUUGGCUGAACGAUAACUUUCGUAAAGAAUUCAACGAGCUUCUAUGCCGGAGGAGUACGAAUACGGUCUCCUCGAAUGGUGGCGGAAAAUCUAUCUCACGAAAAAAUGGAACCUCGGAUGCUGCACCGGAAGUAACGCAGGUGGGCGACAAGUGUCGAACGAAUAGUGACCAAACCGAGCUUACCGAGCUUAUGCCGUAA